GCCAGCCCCUCGCUCCGUGAGCGUCGAGUGCGGCGGCCCGAGGAGGGGUGGGGGCACCGUGCGGCCCACCCCCGACCUGGCCGAGAAGAGCGCCCAGUUGCACGCCAGAACACCAUCUCUGCCCCCCGGAAAGCAGCAAGGCCGGUGAAGUGCCCGCGCCCCCGCCUCAGCUGAAGUCUCCCCUUCAAGUCUCCCGCCCCUUUCCGCAGCUGGCGUUUGACACCUGAGUGGGCUGGAGGGCGCGGGCUAUUGUCCUGACUUUCAUCCUGGCCCUGACCUGCACCCAGCGACGCCCCCCACAGCGCCCCGCUCGCACACCCUCUUGUGCAGGGCGGUUCGGCUCCAGUGGCGGCUGCUGCUGUUGAAAUAGCCCGGGUCCCAUGGCUUCCCCAGCAGUGGACGCGUCCUGCCUGCGGCGGGAGAAGCGGAGGCAGCUGGACGCGCGCCGCAGCAAGUGCCGCAUCCGCCUGGGCGGCCACAUGGAGCAAUGGUGCCUCCUCAAAGAGCGGCUGGGCUUCUCCCUGCACUCGCAGCUCGCCAAGUUCCUGCUGGACCGGUACACUUCUGGCUGUGUCCUCUGUGCAGGUCCAGAGCCUUUGCCCCCCAAGGGUCUGCAGUAUCUGGUACUCUUGUCCCAUGUCCACAGUCGGGAAUGCAGCUUAGUGCCUGGUCUUCGGGGACCUGGGGGCCAAGAUGGGGGACUGGUGUGGGAGUGCUCAGCCGGCCACACCUUCUCCUGGGAACCUUCCUUGAGCCCUACACCUCCAGAGGUGCCCAAGCAGACCUCUGUUCCACGGACUAGCCCAAGGAGCUGGAGCCCCGAAUCCAGGAGUAGGCAGGAGCCUGCAGGUUUGGAGUCUGCGCAUGAGAGGACUCAAGAAGCCAGGGUGCCCAGGGGGGCGGGACCCCCACCAGAGGCCUUCCUGCCCUCAAGAGAGGAAGAGGAAGACAGUGAGGAGGAUGAAGAGGAGAUGCUCAGUGAUGCCAGUCCAUGGACCUACAGCUCCUCCCCAGAUGACAGUGAGCCAGAUGACACUAGACCACCCCUUUCCCCUGUCACCCCCACACCCAAGGAGGGAGAGACAGCACCACCCCCUGCAGCUCUUCCUGUUCCUGUUGCUACUCCACCCUCAUCCACACACACUGAGGGUGCCAGAGACCCUCUGCCAUCAGAGGCUGGGGUGCAGCUGGAACUCAGUGGGACCCCUCCAGUGGCCCAGCAGACAGAGCCACUGGCCAGCCCUACAAGCCAGGCCUCAUCUGCCCUGACACUGGACUGGGAUGAGGACACUGCACAGAUUGGGCCCAAAAGAAUUAGGAAAGCUGCCAAAAGAGAGCUGAUGUCUUGUGAUUUCCCUGGCUGUGGAAGGAUCUUCUCCAACCGGCAGUAUCUGAAUCACCACAAGAAGUACCAGCACAUUCACCAGAAGUCCUUCUGCUGCCCGGAGCCCGCCUGUGGGAAGUCCUUCAACUUUAAGAAGCACCUGAAGGAGCACGUGAAGCUGCACAGUGACACCCGGGACUAUAUCUGUGAAUUCUGCGCCCGGUCUUUCCGCACCAGCAGCAACCUCGUCAUUCACAGACGCAUCCACACUGGAGAGAAGCCCCUGCAGUGUGAGAUCUGUGGGUUCACCUGUCGCCAGAAGGCCUCCCUGAACUGGCACCGGCGCAAGCAUGCAGAGACAGCAGCAGCUUGGCGCUUUCCCUGUGAGUUCUGCGGCAAGCGCUUUGAGAGGCCAGACAGUGUGGCUGCUCACUGUAGCAAAAGUCACCCAGCUCUGCGCCCAGCCCCACAGGAACCACCAGGCCCACUGGAGCCCUGUUGCCAUGGCUCUGCUCCUGAACCUCUGGGAUCCACUGAAAGCUCUGGUGCUCCCUCAGCAGUGACCUUUCCCCCUCAGCUGGCUUCAGAGAGCCAGUCCCCAGGGACUGCACAGGACUAAAAGCCCAGAGGAUAACUGCAGAUAUCUGGUCCCAGAAACUAGGCCACAGAGAGUGCAGGUGGAGGCGCGGGCCCUAAAGAGCCAGGCUACUUUAGUCUUCCUGAAGGAAAGAAUAAACAAGUAUUUUACAUGA